CUCCAUAUAAACAAAAACAACUAAACCCAAGAAGAUUGCUCAAUAUUGAGAUCGGAAAUCGGAAAUGAAAUGAACUGAACAGGGAAAGAAAGGAAUUACUAGUUCCCUAAUUUUGGUGAUGCACCUUGGCCUAUCGGCCAUCUCGAUCUGGUCCUCGCAGAGCGAUCAGGCAUCUACUCAUUAGAUCCCCAUUCUUCACUUCUUCACAGGAAAAAAAAAAAAAUCAAAAAUGGCAGGCGGAGCAGCUGGUGGUUUCCUAAGUCGAGCCUUCGAGUCUAUGCUCAAAGAAUGUUCCUUCACCAAAAAAUCUCCCGACCUUCAAAAAGCCAUUCAAACCUUUCAAGAUAAUUGCAAGACGCCGGAUGCAGCGCCUCCUCAAGACGAGAGUUCGGGCGAAAUUGAGAGCGCUGGAUCUGUUAAUGCCGUUUUGUCAAGUGCUGGAAACACACUCGAAGGACCGCAAGCUGAGCUUGUGCUGAAUCCGCUUCGUCUUGCAUUCGAAACUAAGAAUUUGAAACUCAUAGAACCUGCUUUGGAUUGUCUUCAUAAACUGAUUGCAUAUGAUCAUUUGGAAGGAGAUCCUGGAUUAGAAGGCGGUAAAAAUGUGCCGCUGUUCACGGACAUUUUGAACAUGAUUUGCAAUUGUGUUGACAAUUCAUCGCCUGAUAGUACCGUUUUGCAAGUGUUGAAGGUACUUCUUACUGCUGUGGCAUCCGCCAAGUUCAGAGUACAUGGGGAGCCCCUGCUGGGGGUUAUCAGAGUAUGCUACAAUAUUGCUCUUAACAGCAAGAGCCCUGUAAACCAAGCAACAUCAAAGGCAAUGUUGACACAGAUGAUUAGCAUUAUAUUCAGGAGAAUGGAGACUGAUCCGAUAGCUGAUACUGCUGGAGAAUCAGAUGCUGCUUCAACACAGAAUUCAAAUACAGAAGUUGAGGAAACUUCUUCAGGGGACCCAGAUGAGAAAGGAGUGACUUUAGGAGAGGCACUGAACCAGGCUAAAGACUCCUCUCUUGCGUCUGUUGAGGAACUUCAUAAUCUUGCAGGCGGUGCUGAUAUCAAGGGUUUAGAGGCAGUCCUUGACAAAGCUGUGCAUCUUGAAGAUGGUAAAAAGAUAACACGAGGGAUUGACCUUGAGAGCAUGAGCAUAGGACAACGUGAUGCUUUACUGGUAUUCCGCACCCUCUGCAAGAUGGGCAUGAAGGAAGAUAAUGAUGAGGUUACAACUAAGACAAGAAUCUUGUCUCUUGAGCUUCUGCAGGGUUUGUUGGAAGGAGUUAGCCAUUCUUUUACGAAGAACUUCCAUUUUAUUGACUCAGUAAAAGCAUAUCUUUCAUAUGCCUUGCUGCGUGCUUCUGUUUCACAAUCCCCUGUCAUAUUUCAGUAUGCAACAGGAAUUUUCUCAGUGCUUCUAUUGCGAUUCAGGGAGAGUCUUAAAGGUGAAAUUGGCGUCUUCUUUCCCUUGAUAGUUCUAAGAUCAUUGGAUGGCUUGGAAUGUCCAGUUAACCAAAAACUAAGUGUUCUUCGGAUGCUUGAGAAAGUAUGUAAGGAUCCUCAGAUGCUUGUUGACAUUUUUGUGAACUAUGACUGUGAUCUUGAGGCACCAAACUUAUUUGAACGCAUGGUCACUACUCUAUCUAGAAUAUCUCAAGGAGCACAAAACGCAGAUCCAAAUUCAGUUGCUGUAUCACAGACAACUUCCAUCAAAGGGUCAUCGCUUCAGUGCCUUGUGAAUGUACUUAAGUCACUGGUUGAUUGGGAGAAGUCACAUAGAGAAUCAGAAAAGCAGACCAAAGGCAGUCAGUCUCCAGAAGAAAAGGUUUCUGUUAAAGAAGGCCUUGAGAUAAAAAGUAGGGAAGACAUCACCAGUAACUUUGAGAAGGCAAAGGCCCACAAAUCUACAAUGGAAGCUGCCAUCUCUGAGUUUAACAGGAAACCAGUAAAGGCUAUAGAGUAUCUGAUAUCAAAUAAGUUGGUGGAGAAUACGCCUGCUUCGGUUGCGCAAUUUCUGAGAAACACUCACAGCUUGAACAAGGCUAUGAUUGGUGAUUAUUUGGGUCAGCAUGAAGAUUUCCCCCUUGCUGUGAUGCAUGCUUAUGUAGAUUCAAUGAAGUUUUCAGGAAUGAAGUUUGAUGUUGCAAUCCGUGAAUUUCUUAAAGGAUUCCGACUUCCAGGAGAAGCUCAAAAGAUAGAUCGCAUCAUGGAAAAGUUUGCAGAAAGAUAUUGUGCAGAUAAUCCGGAUCUUUUCAAAAAUGCAGACACUGCAUAUGUUCUUGCUUAUGCGGUCAUAUUGCUAAAUACUGAUGCACAUAACCCAAUGGUGUGGCCUAAAAUGUCAAAGUCAGAUUUCAUUCGUAUGAAUGCCGUGAAUGAUGCUGAAGAAUGUGCCCCUACAGAACUCUUGGAAGAGAUUUAUGAUUCUAUUGUUAAAGAGGAGAUAAAAAUGAAAGAUGACUCAGUUGGUAUUGAAAAAAGCAGCAGACAGAAGCCAGAGGGGGAAGAGAGAGGCCGGCUUGUUGGUAUUCUUAAUCUGGCUCUCCCAAGAAGCAAGUCAUUGACAGAUACCAAGUCUGAGAGUGAAGCUAUUAUAAAGCAAACACAGGCUAUUUUCCGGAGUCAAGGUGCAAAAAGAGGAGUUUUCUAUACUCCACAGCAAAUUGAACUUGUAAGGCCCAUGGUUGAAGCUGUAGGAUGGCCUUUGCUUGCUACUUUCUCGGUUACCAUGGAGGAAGGAGAGAAUAAGCCAAGGGUUGUUCUCUGUAUGGAGGGAUUUAAAGCAGGAAUACACAUUACUCAUGUUCUUGGGAUGGAUACCAUGCGCUAUGCUUUUUUAACAUCUCUGGUCAGAUUUACUUUCUUGCAUGCCCCAAAGGAAAUGCGCAGUAAAAAUAUGGAAGCAUUGAGGACAUUGCUGUCUCUUUGUAACUCGGAGACUGACUCCCUUCAAGACACAUGGAAUGCAGUUUUGGAAUGUGUUUCUCGACUUGAAUUUAUCACAUCAACUCCUUCUAUUGCUGCUACUGUCAUGCUUGGAUCAAAUCAGAUCUCGAGAGAUUCUCUUCUUCAAUCCCUGAGAGAAUUGGCUGGGAAACCUGCUGAACAAGUAUUUGUGAAUAGUGUUAAACUGCCUAGUGAUUCUGUUGUGGAGUUCUUUACUGCUCUCUGUGGUGUAUCAGCUGAAGAACUAAAACAAACUCCAGCUCGUGUUUUCAGCUUGCAAAAACUUGUUGAGAUCAGCUACUACAACAUGGCUCGUAUACGCAUGGUCUGGGCUAGAAUAUGGUCUGUUUUAGCAAAUCACUUUAUUUCAGCUGGGAGCCAUCAAGAUGAGAAAAUUGCAAUGUAUGCCAUAGAUUCUUUAAGGCAGCUUGGUAUGAAGUAUUUGGAACGUGCUGAACUUGCCAAUUUCACUUUCCAGAAUGACAUUCUAAAACCAUUUGUUGUUCUUAUGCGAAAUACUCGAAGUGAAUCAAUAAGAGGCUUAAUUGUUGACUGCAUUGUUCAAAUGAUAAAGUCUAAAGUUGGCAACAUAAAGUCUGGAUGGCGAAGUGUUUUUAUGAUUUUCACAGCUGCUGCAGAUGAUGAAUUGGAAUCAAUUGUUGAAAGUGCAUUCGAAAAUGUUGAGCAGGUUAUCUUGGAACACUUUGAUCAAGUAGUUGGUGACUGUUUUAUGGAUUGCGUCAACUGUCUUAUAAGGUUUGCCAAUAAUAAAAGUUCGCACCGUAUAAGUUUGAAGGCCAUUGCACUCCUGCGUAUAUGCGAGGAUCGCCUGGCAGAGGGCCUCAUCCCUGGAGGUGCAUUGAAACCAAUUGAUGCCAAUGGUGAUGCAACUUUUGAUGUGACUGAGCAUUAUUGGUUCCCAAUGCUUGCUGGAUUAUCUGAUCUAACAUCAGAUCCAAGGCCAGAGGUCAGAAGCUGUGCACUGGAAGUUUUGUUUGAUUUACUGAAUGAGAGAGGUAGCAAGUUCUCAUCAUCAUUUUGGGAAAGCAUCUUCCAUCGGGUCUUGUUUCCCAUUUUUGAUCAUGUAAGGCAUGCUGGAAGUGAAGGCAUUUCUUCUGAUGAUGAGUUGCUUCGUGAAACAAACAUUCACUCCCUUCAAUUGCUGUGCAACCUUUUCAACACUUUUUACAAGGAGGUGUGUUUUAUGCUUCCACCAUUACUGAGCUUGCUGUUGGAUUGCGCCAAACAGACAGAUCAAUCAGUGGUUUCUUUAUCUCUGGGUGCACUGGUGCAUCUUAUAGAAGUUGGAGGACACCAAUUUAGUGAGAGUGACUGGGAUAUGCUGUUAAAAAGCAUAAGAGAUGCUUCAUAUACAACACAACCACUUGAGCUGCUCAAUGAUUUAGGUUUUGAUAGUGCUUUUAAUUAUGAUGAAGUGGAUGGCCAGUUUGAAAUCAGGGACAAUGGAAAGGUAUCUCCAUUUCCAUUCUCAAAUACUGGUCCUGAUGGUACUGCAGGGAACCCUAAUUCAGCAGUCCCAAUGGAUCACAGUCGAGAAUCAGGUUCACAGAUUAAUCUGGAAGGAUCUGAAGGGAUUCCAUCACCCUCAGGAAGAGCUGACAAACCUGCUGAUGCUGGAGGCCUCCAACGGAAUCAAACAAUAGGCCAAAGGAUUAUGGACAAUCUCUUUCUCAGGAAUCUUACUUCUAAAUCUAAAAACCGUGUGUCUGACGAUUAUGUGCCAUCUUCUCCAGUCCAGCUUCCUGAUGCUGUGGAGCCUGAUGACAAAGAUGAGGUAGAAAGUCCACUAUUGGGAACUGUUAGGGGCAAAUGCAUCACUCAAUUACUGCUGCUGGGUGCCAUCGAUAGUAUCCAGAAGAAAUACUGGAGCAAGUUGAAAGCACCACAAAAGAUUGCUGUAAUGGACAUUUUGUUUUCUUUGUUGGAGUUUGCUGCUUCUUAUAAUUCAUACGCCAACCUGAGAUUGCGCAUGCACCAAAAUACUGAUGAAAGGCCACCUUUGAAUCUUCUGCGCCAGGAAUUAGCAGCAUUAUGCAUAUAUUUGGACAUCUUACUGAAGGCAACUUCAGGAUACGAUGCCAACAAAGAGAGAGAUCUCAAUAGUUCUCAGGAUGUUGAUACUACUCCAGGCAACAAUUCUACACCAGAAAAGAAACUUGAAAGAACAGCUGAGGAGAAAUUGGUAUCUUUAUGUGAACAGGUACUUAAGGAGGCAUCUGAUCUGCAGACCAGUGUUGGGGAAACUACUAAUAUGGAUAUUCAUCGAGUGUUGGAGUUACGUUCUCCAAUUAUUGUUAAGGUGCUAAAAAGCAUGUGCUUUAUGAACAAUCAGAUAUUCAAAAGAAACCUGCGAGACUUCUAUCCUUUACUUACGAAACUUGUAUGCUGCGACCAGAUGGAUGUUCGAGGAGCUCUUGGUGAUCUUUUCAAGGCGCAAUUAAAAGCUCUCUUGCCAUAGGUUUUUCUAUUAGCCAUUUUAUCAAAGUUUCUUCUUUGAAUUCAUUGGCUCAUGGUACAUCCCAAAGCAGAUAAUCUCAUUGUUCUGCUGAUUUUUUUUUUCCUAUGCGGAAAAUAUGAUGUGCGAGAAAUUUGUUGUACUGUUUUGGUGGGAGAGUAAGGGAAAAGAAACGAUAUUUGACCUCUCAAUGGCGGCUCUAGUAUUAGUCUGUGGUUGUCUUUAUCUUUAAUAUAGUUUUAACAAAGUUGUACUUUGUUGCUGAUCUUUAAUUCAUUCCUUUUUUUUUUUUAAUAUAUAUAAAUAAUUAAUAGGAAAAAUGAUUGACUUA